UUAAUUUAAUCAAUCGAGCUAAUAUAAUGUCCUCUCGGCGCCAUCGUUCUACUGUUGCUUGUCAGCACUGCAGACGUCGCAAGGUACGCUGCAGUUUAAUGGUCACUGGCGUACCCUGUAUUGGCUGUACGCAGGAUGGCCAGGAAUGCGUGAUUCCUCCAGCAAAGGCGCCCCAGCGAGUGUCGCGGAUUGCCUCGCCGCAGCCAUCACCGUCGUUGCCAGCUGGUCAGGCUCUGCAUCCAUCCCCUUCCGAGGACUUCCGAAACGCACCUCAGCCGGUAGAAGUGCAUGCUUAUCCAUCUGCUGUGAACAGCAUGAGUCAAUUGGAGACUACAGACAACUGUCUACGUCCAGAAGAAGAACGCACAGGGGCCGAGAUAGCAAAUACGGUUCUCGGACGCAGCAGGGCAAAUAGCAGGGGAAAUGACCAGGCGCCAUUCUACACCGGCGACACACCCGGCUUCGGUGCAGUCCUCGACCUCUGCUCUCCGUCCCAGCAACCCGUCCCUCGACAUAUCAUGAUCCCAUCAAAAACAGCCACGGCUCUGUCCGACCAAGACCGCGAGUGGCUGCAGUAUAAAGGGGUGUUUAAUCUGCCUAGAAGUGAUACGUGCUAUGAGCUGCUUCGGGCGUAUUUCCACCAUGUGCAUCCGAUGAUGCCGGUGGUCGAUGUGACGGCUACACUCAAGUCGUUUCCGGAUGGAAGUCAGUCGAAUCUGUUGCUGAUAUGGAGUAUGUUUUCGGUUGCUGCGAAUUUUGUUCCUGUUGCGACAUGGCAGAUGGAGGGGUAUACAUCGCGGAUUGCGAUGAAAGACGACAUGCAUUGUCGGGCCAAGUGCCUCUACCACAACACCAACGAACAAAACCAAACCGUCCUCCUCCAAUCCGCCCUUCUCCUCGGCUUCUUCCACUCAGAAACAGACAUGCACACUCUCCCCUGGCUCUGGACCGGCCACGCCAUCUCCCUCUGCCAGACAAUGGGCCUCCAUCGCUGCUCUGCGUCUGCCCUCUCCAAUUACUCUAUCCCAGACCACCAGAAAAAGCUGUGGCGACGGCUCUGGUGGACGUGCUUUUUCCGUGAUCGCUGGCUUAGUUUGACUAUGGGGCGGCCACUGCGCAUCAAUCUGAAUGAUUGUGAUACGAUGAUGGUUUCGGCGGAGGAUAUGCUGUUUGAUUUGGAUGUUCCAAGUCAGAUUGCGGAUAUGUAUAUCCCCAGCGAUAUGCAGAUGCUGGCAGAGCCGUGGGUGAAGAUGAUACAGCUGAGUGGGUUGCUAGGGGAGGUUUUGACAUUGUGUUAUCAGCCAUCAGGGCCUGCGCCGUCCCUAUCGCAGGUCAAAGCUCUGGAAGAGGAGAUGCUGGCGUUUGAGGUACCGGAUCAUGACGGCCAGCAGACUCAGCUUGUAACGUUCUCCAUCUACCAUCUGCAGCUGCAUUAUCAAGCCUUCCUGAUCACAUUCUACCGCCGCUUCAUCACCAAAGCACCGGAUGACCUCCCCAUCACACAACAAGAAUCGUGGCAGCUCAACAUCCGCCGGAAAAUGGACGCUGCUGCGCUUCAAUCCAAUGCAAUCUUGGAUAAUCUUGCUCGGGAGAAGUUGAUCGACUACGCUGGGCCUAUGACACCACCCCUCCUCGUCCCAGUCAUGCACGUCCAUUUACUCAACAGUAAAUCCCCCGACACACUCUCCCGCAGACUGGGAUUGAAUAAACUCGAUCUCUGCAUGAUGGUGCUGGAGCAGAUGCAGCAGGCGUACCCGAGUGCGUCUAUUUUCCGUGGGCUGUUCUUAGAGGGUAUUCGGCAGGUUGGUCCAGAGGUACCGUCAGUCGAACAGGAGGGGAUAAAUAUUAGCGAUGAUGUAAUUGAUGCCUUGCUGGAUGAAGCGUCGAUUGUGAAUUUGUGGGAGUCAAUUAAUGGGAUGUAAUAGAUCUAUAAUAUAUAUAAUGCGAUAAAUGCAACACUAUUUCUUGGCUGCA